AUGGGAAGCAAAAAGAAAGAGCAUCUUAUUAGCGUAUUUGAUGGUUUCAAAGUCCUCGGCCUUCCUCAUAAACAAGGUAGAGAUAAAAUGCAUGGGUUCACCAUGUAUAUUUUUCUUCCGGAUGCAAAAGAUGGACUUUUAGCAAUAAUUGAAAAGUUGGCUCCAGAAUCUAGUUUCUUGAGUGAUAAGUUUCCUCAACAAGAAGUAAGAGUACGUCGAUUCGCUAUUCCAAAAUUCAAGAUUUCUUUUACAUUUGAAGCUUCUAAUGUUAUGAAGGAGUUGAGAGUGGUUACGCCUUUCUCUCAACGAGAUGCAUAUUUUACAAAAAUGGUGGAGGAGGUGAACUCUCCUUUGGAUAAAUUAUACGUGGAAAGCAUAUUUCACAAAGCUUUCAUUGAGGUAAAUGAAGAAAAAACUGAAGCUUCAGCGAGCACCCUUAUCCGGGUAAUGAGAGGUGGUACUAGUGCAGUUUUGACAGGUAUAGACUUUGUAGCUGAUCAUCCUUUCCUCUUCUUCAUCCGAGAAGAUUUCAGUGGAACAAUUCUUUUUGUGGGGCAAGUGCUUGAUCCUCUUGAUGGAACAACCGAUUGUGAAAGUUAG